ACAUUUUUUGACAAACACCUGAGACAUGGCAAUUACUUUUAUUAGUUGGAACUAUCAAGUAACUAAUUGAUUUACACAGAUCAUAACAGUUUUUCACCACAUUAUUUGCAAAUUUUCCUUUUUAAUUUUCAUGUUAUAAAGAUUAGCAUGACCACUACAGUUUCCGAACAGUAUGGAGGUUCCUUCACGACAGGUCUCGCCCUGUUUUCAGACAAAACCUCAAUCGACACCACCGGCUUUAUGGCCAUUCCUAUCACCCCAGUGCAACAUUUGACCGAUAACCCUGAUGAUAUGAAAACCAAAAUGGAAUUGAUGAUCAUGAAGGUCCAGAGUGAGUUUUGCAAAGCUUUAGAAGAGGAGGACAACACGAAGUUUAUAGUGGAUAGAUGGGAAAGGCAAGAGGGUGGCGGUGGCAUUACUUGUGUUUUACAAAAUGGGAAAGUGUUUGAGAAGGCUGGUGUCAAUAUAUCGGUAGUAAAAGGCGAGUUGCCUCCCAGUGCUGUGGCCCAGAUGAGAUCCCGAGGGAAAAAACUGGAGGAAGGCAAAUUGCCAUUUUUCGCUGCAGGAAUUAGUGCAGUGAUACAUCCCGUAAACCCUAUGGUUCCCACGAUACAUUUUAAUUACAGAUACUUUGAGGUUCAAAGUGGUCUGGAAACGCAAUGGUGGUUCGGUGGUGGUACCGAUCUCACUCCUUACUACCUCAAUAGUGCCGACUGUAUCCACUUUCACACGGUAUUAAAAAACACUUGUGACAAACAUGACAAGAGUUACUAUCCCAAGUUUAAAAAAUGGUGCGACGAUUACUUCCAUAUUCCCCAUAGGGGUGAAAGAAGAGGAGUUGGAGGCAUAUUUUUUGACGAUCUGGACACUCCUGGUAGUGAGGAGUGUUUGCAGUUCGUCACUGAUUGCGCUAACGCUGUUAUACCUUCUUAUUUGCCCUUGGUUCAAAGGCAUAAAUUGGCUAGUUACACUAAAGUAGAGAGAGAAUGGCAACUAUUAAGGCGAGGAAGAUAUGUGGAAUUUAAUCUGAUUUAUGAUAGAGGUACUAAAUUUGGAUUGUAUACCCCUGGGGCACGAUACGAGAGCAUUCUGAUGUCUUUGCCCCUAUAUGCGAAAUGGGAGUACAUGAAUCAACCGCUAAAGGACUCUCCCGAAGAGACUUUAUUGGAGGUACUUAGGAAGCCUAAAGAUUGGGUGGAUAUUGAGUUAACUGUUGACAAAAAUAUUGUUAAUGAAGCCUAAUAAGAUGCCACAUAGGUUAAGCUUAAAGUCUAUUAUGUUGUUGGAUGUGAAAUGUUGAUUCUUGUUAAUAGAAAAUCAUUUUUUUUUG